CACGUGAUUCCAAUGAUAGCCGACAUGUGUUUCCAAUGAUGAGCAGCAUUCCGUGUGCACUCACAGGAGACGUCGUGAAGAUGAAGCUGUGGGCCGCGUCGCUCUUUGCUGUCGUCGCUCUCACCUCAGCGGCAGACGAGUCGUGCAUGGGUCGCUGUGAGAAUGGCUUCGACUCGGAGAAGAGAUGUCAGUGUGACAACAUGUGCAAGUACUACCACAGCUGCUGCACCGACUACCAGGACAUUUGUGGCACGAUGAACCGAGGAGACACGUUCAAAUCAGCGGAAGACGACGACAAUGAUCUUGAGAGCACCACGCUGCCCUCGAGGCGUCCGGUACAUGAGCAGGAAACCCCGGGGGGCGGCUCAGAUUUUGUCCGCAGACCGCAGCAAGGUCCAGACGCCGUGUUAGAAAUGGACAAAGCUCCACUCAGACCUCUCAGAGCGACCGUUGCUCCAACAUUGAAGCCUCCGAGCAGCACCAAAGCUGAGACCACCACACCUCCAACAAGACCUGCCACCACUGUGGCCCCGGACCCUGAUGCUGAGGCGUGCAGCGGCCGACCCUUUGACUCAUUUGUGCAGUCAAAGAACGGCUCCAUGUACGCCUUCAGAGGCCAGUUCUUCUUUGAGCUGGACCAGAGGACCGUCCUACCGGGCUAUCCCAAGCUCAUCAAGGACGUGUGGGGCAUCAGCGGGCCCAUUGACGCCGCCUUCACGCGGGUCAACUGCCAGGGCAAGACGUAUGUCUUCAAGGGUGACAAGUACUGGAGGUUCAACAACGGCAUGUUGGAUGGCGACUACCCUCGGGAUAUCAGCGUGGGCUUUGAGAAGAUUCCGGAUAAUGUGGACGCGGCGUUCGCCCUCCCCGCUCACAGCCACAAUGGCAGAGAGAAGGUGUACUUCUUCAAAGGGGAUCGAUAUUACGUCUACGAGUUUUUGCACCAGCCGUCCCACAGGGAGUGUGUCUCCAUGUCCGAGACGUCUCCCUCCGCACUCUUCCGGCGCUACAACCACGUGUACUCCAGCAACGACCACAGCUACUUCCGCAGUCUCUUCCCUGACCAGCCGCAGCAUCACACCGAUUACCACUUCAUCGACAGAGACUGGGUCGGGCUCAGGUCGCCGGUGGACGCCGCCAUGGCUGGACGGAUGUAUGUCCCUCCACGACGCAUCCGGCCGGACCAACAGUGGGGUCAACAGUACGGACAACCGUAUGGACAACAGUACGGACAACAAUACGGACAACAGUACGGACAACAGUACGGACAACAGUGGGGGCGAAGGAGGCAGAACCGUUCGCCCGUCUGGGAAUCCAUGGCCGAGGGCGGCAUGAACAUGGGCCGGCAGUUUGCAGAAAGGGGGAUGGAGAUGGGUCUGAGACUGGCCGAGAGGAGGAUGGAGAUGGAGGAGAGGCUCGGAAGAGACUGGAGCCGACAAUGGGAUCAGGACUGGGACCAGGACAGGCGGAGAGACAACAACCGAGGCAACUACGACUCCAGAUACAGAAACGACAGGUCCUACUGGGACUUGUUGCCAAGGAGUCUACCUGUCCAGAGUGUCUACUUCUUUAGAGGAGAUAAAUACUACAGAGUGGAUCUGAGCACCAAGAGAGUGGACCCGGCCGUGCCUCCCUAUCCUAGAUCCAUCGCCAAGCACUGGCUGGGCUGCUCAGACCCAGCUGGAGCAGAGAAGAAGUAGAAGGUAUUUAGGGGUACAUCAGCAGUAAAUCAUGGUGUUGUACUCAGUGUGACACACAAAUGGCUGCUUGAGCAAACAUUGACGAUCAUCAGAGGUGCAAAGUCCAGCUGAGCGUCUUCAUUUAUUCAUCACAGUCGUGUUAUAAGAUGUUUCUGUGGCGUAGGCAAUAGUCAUAGACAUUCAUCAUUUACAUACUUAUGCUCAUUUAUACUCAUGCUUAUAUUUAAUUGCAAUUAUUCAGUUAUAUUUGUAUUAAUCAUUCAUUUGUUACCAUCAUAAGAUAUAAUCAUGACCUGGAUAACAUUGUAUCUUUAUAUAUAUAUAAAUAUAUAUAUAUAUAUAUAUACACAAAUAUAUAUAUACACAUAUAUAUACCGUAAUUUCCGGACUAUAAGCCGCACCUGACUAUAAGCCGCACCAGCUAAAUUUAGGGGAAAAUACAGAUUGCUCCAUAUGUAAGCCGCACCCGACUAUAAGCCGCAGGGUUUUGAUGUGUAAUUAGCGUAGUAUAUAGGGGUUCCUGCUACCACGGAGGGGAUUGUCGGGACAGAGAUGACUGUUUGGGAACGCAAAGCGUCCCAUUUAUUAACAAUAAAUCUUUCAAUCAAACUUUCACAUCUUUGACAUGGCGAACAGCAUUUGUGCAGAGUACAAAUAAUACAACGGUGCAAAGUAAUACAAAGUGCUCGCCUGUACGUUAUCAAAAUAACCAGCCUACCGGUAUAUGAAAAGUCAGUCUUUAAUCAUUGUGUCAUCGUCUUCCUCCUGCGUACUAAAACCACCAAAAUCCUCUUCGUCGGUGUCGGAGAAGAACAGGCCGUAAAUAAGCCGCACCCUUGUAUAAGCCGCAGGGACCAGAACGAGGGGAAAAAGUAGCGGCUUAUAGUCCGGAAAUUACGGUAUAUGCUGUAUAUAUAUACACAAAUAUAUAUAUAUAUAUAUAUAUAUACACAUAUAUAUAUAUUUAUAUACACAUACUUAUAUACAUAUAC